CUGAAUGUAGAGAUCUCUGGAUCCAUGUGAGGUACAGGGCUGGUUCUAGCUUUGUCGUGUACUGUCCAAGCCUUGCAUCCUUCAGACAAGAGGAUUUAAACAGAGUUCUGGAUCCUCUCCAGCAAUACAUAGUAGAUAUACACAGAGCAAAGACAUCCAGUCUACCUUCAUAGCUGGCAAUACAGAGGACCUUGCAACAGAAGUGGACUUUGGAAAUCUUGACCACCAACUGACUAUAUCAAGCUUAGGAAACCUCAUCUGCUACAGACUCCAGAGAAGACAGAGUAACUUCCCCAUAGAGACCGGCAACGUAAUUCUGUAAGCUAUGUUACCUGCCACCUUCAAACUUUGUGCUGGGAUAUCAUACAGACAUCUUCGUAACAUGACAGGUCUCAGGAAAACGGCUGCAGUAGCUCUUUCACAUGAACUGGAAAAGUUGGCUCUAGUUGGGCCAGGACCCAGUCAAUGGAUAAAUCAAGUGAGAAGAAGAAGCUCGCUACUGAGUUCCAGGCUUGAUGAGAAACCCUACAAUGAAGUUGAGAUGUCCUACCUCAAGCAGGGAGAAGAAGCCCUAAAGAAGUCAAUGAACAUCCUGGAAGAACAAGAUGGAUGGAAAGUGGAAAUUGUGGCGAAAAAUGGAGAUAAAGUUCUCAGUAAAGUCCUCCCGGACAUCGGAAAGGUCUUUAAGCUUGAAGCCGUAGUGGAGAAGCCAUUGGAUAGUGUCUAUGGAGAACUGGUGGACAAUAUGGAGAAUAUGGGAGAAUGGAAUCCAAAUGUGAAAGAAAUUAAGAUUCUCCAGAAGAUUGGAAAGGACACAGUAAUAACACAUGAGAAAGCAGCAGAAACUCCUGGGAAUAUUAUAGGACCUCGGGAUUUCGUGAGUGUGAGAUGCAGCAAGAGGAGAGGCUCCACCUGUAUUCUUGCCGGAAUGUCAACACGAUUUAGUGAAAUGCCUGAACAGAAAGGAUACAUAAGGGCAGAGAACGGUCCAACAUGUAUGGUACUUCACCCAGUACUUGAAGAUCCCUCAAAAACCAAACUAACUUGGCUUCUUAGUAUUGACUUAAAGGGCUGGCUGCCAAAGUCUAUCAUAAACCAAGUGUUGUCCCAGAUGCAAGUGGAUUUUGCUAAACAUCUACGUAACAGGGUCGCCAUGUCCACUGCCAGCCUGUCACUCUGCUAACCGUUCUUCCUCAUCAUCAUCACAUCCGACCUUACAAAAUUAUGACUAAACUAUUAUCAAGUUCUUGCUGUUAUCUUAAAUGUAUGGGGUCAUUUAUCAAACUGGUGUAAAGUAGAACUGGUUUAGUUGCCCAUAGAAACCAAUCAGAUGUCACCUUUUAUGUUGGACAGCUGAAUGAAAGGUGGAAUCUGGUUGCUAUGGGCAACUAAGCCAGUUCGAUAAAUGACCACCUUAUUGUUUGUCCUACAGACCUUCUCUUCCACCUUAUUUUCAGGGUAGUUCCACUAUCUUCUAACAUAUUUCCCGAAUAAAAGUCCUGUGCCUUUGGAAGGUCACCUGAACCUCUUUGGUGAUCUGAGAGUUCCGUAAUUUGUAGAAUCUCGACUAUUGGCAUUCUUUGAUGGAAACUUUUGGAAGCUAUGGAACUUUCCGACCAGUGCUGAAGGGGCUGUGGUGCUUUACUGAGAGUUGUUGCCUUUACUCUGGUCUCAGAUAGGUAGCCCCAACUCAUGGAUCCCCAUCAUAAUGUUUUAGAACAUGUCUAUUUAGAAUGCCUCUUUAAGGAGGUCCUGUUCCCCAUUGGAGGCAGCCAUUUUGUAGAUUGAAAUAUUAUGGAACCUAAUAUUUCAUGGUAGCCAGUGAAUUCUGUCAGACUUUCCCAUAAAAAGGACCAGAUUAGAAACCGCAAGACACCUCUAGUACCACUUCUCUCCAGGGGAACUCAAGUUUAAAUUCAUCCUUGUUUCCUCAAGUUCCCUAUACAAAUGAAAUGGUCGGUAGAUCCCGUUGAAACCAUUGUGAUCACCAGUAAAUGUCCAAUUUAUAGGGCCAGAUGAAGAGUUGAGGGGGCUGUUCAGUAUUUUUUUUUUUUUACAUAAAACUAGAAAAUACCUUUGAGCUUAUUUCAUAGUCAGAUUUUACUUGAGACCUUCCUACUCCUUGGGCAUUGAAUAGGAGCUGGAGGGGGAAGCCAAAUUGUCAUUACUGUCAUGUACUGGUAUAAUUGUUAUGAAUGAUGGAAAAUAUUAAUGUACAUUUUUGUGCAAUUAGCAUAAGUACCAGCUUGUUCUAAGUUUACUUUAAGGCCUCAUGCACACGAACGUGUGCCGGCCAGGCCUGUGUAUUGGGGACUCGCUGUUUGCAGGCCACAAUACGGUCGUGUGCAUGAGGCCUAAAGCAGAUCUAAAACGUCAAGUUCUUAAAAUCUGCAGUAGGGCAGUACAAUAUAUAUUAUUAUGGACAUGACUGUAAGAUCAUGGUGAGGUGAUAGCUGCUGUCUCUGCUCAUUUAUAGAGUAUUUACCCCCCCCCCCCCCCCCACACACACACCCAACAAAGUUCUUGGACUAGAGGUGUAUAUAGAAAGGGACCCAUAUAUUAAACAUGUUCACACAGUCACAUACCCAUAAUAGGAGUAUAAAUGUUUGCUUAUACCGUCGUUGCCAUAGAGAGGGUAGUGUCUUUUUUAAUGUUCCUACCAACCAAUGAAUAUUAGGAUUUGUCUAAGAGGAGCUGUCUCCACCCCCUAGGAGCCAAAUGUUUUGCCUCUAUAGUAGGGAUCAGCAACCUUCGGCACUCCAGCUGUUGUGAAACUACAACUCCCAGCAUGCUCUUUUCACUUCUGUGGGAGCUCAGCAAACAGCCAAGAAAGUGUGCAUAAUGGGAGAUGUAGUUUCACAACACCCGGGGUGCCGGAAGUUGCUGAUCGGUGCUCUAUAGUAUAUUUACCCUUGCCUUAAAGGAGUUGCGGGCACUUGGUAAAAUGCAAUUAUUACCGGAGAACCCCUUUAAGUCGGAGACUUAUUAAAAAAAAAUAUAUAAAUACCAGGGGAUAAUGUAUGGUGUUAAAAAAAGGCAUGUGGACGGCUGCCAGCCAAAUAAAGCACUCUGUGUCACUGGUAACGUGUGCAGGAUUGUUUUAUAUUUUUUACAGGGACGGACUGGAAACUUAAAAGUGGCCCAGGAAAAUAAAAUAAAAACUAAACGUGUCCCCAUAUUGUAGCGCCAUUUUCUGUCCUCCGGGUACAUGAUUCUCACAGUGUUAAUUACUGCUGAGCUCAUUAUGUACCCAGCCAGUGACAGAGAGGAGGGCUUGGGUGGACCCCUGGGCAUCAGCCCACCGGGAAAUUUCCCUUUAAAGUCUAUGGCCAGUUCGUUCCUCCCUUUUAAACACCAUGACAGCUCCCUGACAUUUUACCAGUCUCGGCAACCCCUUUAUAUCAUCCUGUGUCAAUUCUGACAUUUUCUUUGUAAUAAUCUGUUCUUUGAAAAGCUGGGCGACAACCAAUGUGGCUGCUAGACCAGCUCCUGUAAAGCUGAUCACCCGACUUAUCAAACUGGUGUAAAGGAAAACUGGUUUAGUUGCCCAUAGCAACCAAUCAGAUUUCGCCUUUCAUUUUCCAAAGGAGCUCUGCAAAAUGAAAGGAGGAAUCUGAUUGGUUGCUAGGGCAACUAAGCCAGUUUUCCUCUACACCAGUUUGAUAAGUCUACUAUGCUGUAUUUUCUUCCACAGCUUACCCUCAAAUCCUCAGCAGAAAAAUCUUCUCCAUGUCAGUGUAGUUUUAAUCAUCACAUUGUCACCUAAAUGUGUGAAAGAUCUGGCGGCUCGUGGCUGCAGCCAAUGACCGGUUGAGCAGCAUUCACAGCCUUUUUUCACUCCAUUUUGAGACAAUAGCAAGAGGUGGGAUGCGAUGGGAACCCAGCACUGUCAAAACUGCAUGGGUAGUUUGUUUACAGCAUGUGCAGCUCCUGGAAGUUUUAAUUUUCUUGAGCUGGAAUACCCCUUUAAAGGACCCAUUCAUGACCAUGUCCGUUUUGCGGUCCACAAACAGCGGAAAGGCAAAAUACAUGUGCGUCCCGCACUUUCCCGUUCUGCAGGUCCCGCACUAUUGUGAAAAUACCACAGUACAGAGACGAGCGUGAAAUUAUUAUUUUUUUCGGAGCCCCAGAACAGACAUACUUUUGCAGCCCCAUAGAAAUUAAUAGGAAAAUUCUGUUGUGUACAUGGGGCCUAAAUAUCAGCACAAAAAUAGACGUUUUAAGGUCCAAAUUGCACCAAAUAAUGAACACAAUAUAUAAGUUGAGGUCUAAUAUACAGGUAGUUCGUUUCUGGAUAAGUUAGGAAAGUUUAUUAAUGCACAUUUAUUUCCCAGGUCAAAAAGGGGAGAAUAAAGCGACUUGAGUCAAAAAGAAAGAGGGACACUGGUGGAGGAAUAGGGAGGCAUGAUAACAAUGUGACCACCAUCUUCAUGUACAAUACGGAAUCCUAGUUUGCCUCCCCCGCCAUGGCUUUCUUGGUGUAAAUUCAGGCUAUUAAAGGGGUUAUCCAAAGUAUAAAACAUGCCCCCCCCCCCCAUGGCCGAGCCUAUCAGGACCACCCUCGUCCGUAUACCCUACUGGAUGUUAGAGGAUACAACCAGCGUGGAUCCUGCACUUUUACACCUUUCCCCUUGUUAUAUUUUUAUAUCGUUAUUUAUUGCUACCCAUUAAUAUUAUAUUGUAUUUAAUAUUUAUGAACCAGUUGCAUAACUUAUUUAUAUAUUUAAUUUUAUGGUUGAGCUUUUACUUGAUUAAUAACCAAGUUGAACUUCAAUAAAAUAUGGUCCUCCUGAAGAAAUGUGCCAAAGUGACGAGGUCAGCUAGAGUCAGGAGGGUUUUAUAUUCUUCAUGCAGAUCCUUUGGACCAAACUUCCACAGACCCCACCAAUCUGGCUGCAGACCAUUCCUGGAUGCCUAUACAGCUGUUUGUGCCUGCAUUCUCCAUGUCAUAACUGGAGCAUCGACUCUCAUGACUAUAUGUUGUACCAUUCUUUCAUUAUUCCUGCUAGAAGUUAUGAAUAAAUUACCAGUGGUUUUCAGUGAAGGUCCAGACGAGCAUUACCACUUGAGCAGUGGCGUACAUAGAGAAGUGAGGGCCCCAUAGCAAGGAUCAAACCAGGACCCCCACACAGGACAGAAGGGUUUCUGCCUAAACCCUUUUUUCCACUGCUUAAUUUGCAAAAAGUUGUUCGUUUAGAAGGUGGAGUCCUGUCCAAGUUUCCCCCCACCCCAGUAGAAGAGGAGAUGAUUGCAACUAAGACUGGGCCCCCCUUCUUUGUCCUGGGCCCCAUAGCAGUCACCUGGUCUGCCGCUACGGUAGUUACACCCCUGCAUUUGAGGGUGUGUCCCUGCAAAGUCUGACACUGGCAGCACUGAUUGUAUAAUGUCAGACUGUGUAUUGUAUAAUGUCAGACCCCCCCCCCACCAACUGGUGCCACCCAUGUGGACCUUCAUUGUAAGCUCAUUCAUAACUUCUAUUAGGCCUCAUGCACACAAAACGUAUUUUCUUUCCGUUCCGUUUUCUUUUUGCGGACCGUAUACAAAACCAUUCAUUUCAAUGGGUCCGCAAAAAGAAAGUU